UAUAAGUCUUCCAGAAAGAGUUCAAGUGGAAAUGAAAAUGAUGAGCAAGACAGUGAUAAUACUAAUGUGUCCCCACAGUCUCCUGUGUCAUCUGAGGAUUAUGAAAGGACAGAUAGUAACACUCAUGGUCCAUUUGGUCUCAAACCAAGGUCAGCUUUCAGCCGUGCAUCUCGCCAGGACUACGGUGCAGUGGAUCCUGGAUUUACAAUGAGGAGGAAAAUGGAGCAUUUAAGGGAAGAAAGGGAACAAAUAAGACAGCUUCGCAAUAAUCUUGAAUCAAGGUUAAAAGUAAUUUUGCCAGAUGACAUUGGAGCAGCAUUGAUGGAUGGAGUAGUUCUUUGCCAUUUAGCCAAUCACAUAAGGCCACGUUCUGUUGCCAGCAUUCACGUACCAUCGCCAGCAGUGCCUAAACUCAGUAUGGCAAAGUGCCGAAGAAAUGUCGAGAACUUUCUUGAUGCUUGUAAAAAAUUGGGUGUUCCACAGGAGAGACUUUGCUUGCCUCAUCACAUUCUGGAGGAACGGGGUCUGGUGAAGGUUGGCCUCACAGUUCAAGCUCUGCUUGAAUUGCCAACGUUGAAAGUAUCUCAGCUUUCCUCCAUGUGA